AGUGGAUAAGAUAUUUUUGGUAUAGUUGUUUCUGGUGAGUAAGACAGUGAAGCCAGAAACAGGAGAUAAGGUAAGGCAAGGCACGCAACUCCAAUCUUGAAUCACUCUGCACUCUGCACUCUGCACAAUGCUUUCCCUCUCCGUCCCUCCUCUCAACCUCAAACCCAUAACACCCAAUGACCUCUUUCUCUCAUCAGCCUCUCCCUCACCUCACCGUCGCUACUUCGUGAAACCCAUCUCCGCCGUCCUCAACUCAUCUUCCUUCAAGAAACCUGAGCAGCCUCUGCUGCCGCAGCAUCAAGUCUACCAGCCCUUCCGCCCUCCCCCGUCUCCCCUCCCCUCGCAAUUCGGCACCCUCGACAUCGCCGGCCGAAUCGACAUCCUCGCCAACCGCCUCGGCCUCUGGUACGAGUACGCGCCCUUAAUCAAUUCCCUAAUCCGCGAAGGCUUCUCCCCUCCGACAAUCGAAGAAACCACCGGCAUCUCCGGCGUCGAGCAGAACCGCCUCAUCGUCGGGGCGCAGGUCCGCGACUCCCUCGUCCACUCCAAGGCCGACCCCGACCUCCUCGCUGCCUUCGAGACCGGCGGCGCCGAGCUCCUCUACGAGAUCCGUCUCCUCAGCGCCUCGCAGCGCGUCGCCGCCGCGCGCUUCCUCGUCGAGAAUCGCUGCGACGGGAAGGCCGCGCAGGAGCUCGCACGUUCCAUGAAGGAUUUCCCUAGCCGGCGCGGGGAUAAAGGAUGGGCGAGGUUCGACUACACUCUCCCCGGGGACUGUCUUUCUUUUAUGUAUUACAGGCAGAGCAGGGAGCAUAGGAACCCGUCGGAGCAGAGGACUUCGGCGCUGGAGCAGGCGCUGCGCGUGGCGGAGACGGAGGCGGCCAGGAAUAUGAUUUUGGAGGAGUUGGAGGGGAAUGGUGAAGAGGGGGAUAAGGUGGAUGCAGGGGAGGGUGCUGUGCGUGUUCCGGUGGUGAGGCUGAGGAUUGGGGAGGUGGCGGAGGCGAGUUCGGUGGUGGUGUUGCCGGUCUCCGCGGCGGAGGAGAGGGAGAUUUUGGAGGCGCCGUAUGAGAGUAGGAGCCAGGGGGUGUUUGGUGUGGUGGUGGCGGAGAAGGGAUGGGGAAAAUGGGUGGUGUUGCCUUCGUGGGACCCAGUGGUUGGUUUAGGAAAAGGGGGUGUUGUGGUAUCGUUUCCCGAUGCUAGGGUUUUGCCGUGGAAGGUGAAUAGGUGGUAUAAGGAGGAGCCUAUAUUGGUGGUGGCUGACAGGAGUAAAAAAGAGGUGGGUGCCGAUGAUGGGUUUUAUCUUGUGAAUGCUGAUGGUGAGGGUUUGAAGGUCGAGAGGGGUUCGGGAUUGAAGGAAAAGGGUUUCACUCAGAGUUUAGGAACUGUGUUAUUGGUUGUUAGACCUCCCAAAGAAGAAAAUGAUGAAUUGAGUGACGAAGACUGGGAGUGAACUCAAAUCAAAGGGAAGGGAAUGAUUGAGUUGCUAAAGAAUAGCGAUAACACCACAAUAUAUAUAUAUAUGGUUUUCUCAAUUCAAGAAUUGCUAGUUAACUCAGCUCAAUCCCCUGCCUUUGUUUUUUGUGUCAUGCAAAAUAAGGUUCUAUUAAUUUGGGAUUACAUGCAACUUUCUUUUGUUUUCCAUACUUAAUAGAAGGAUUUAAUCGUUUUUGUUUUCUCUUUGUACGUUAUAUUCAUGUGGUUAAUACAGUGAGUGGUUUCUUUUAAA